ACUCAACCCUAUUGCUGUUUUGAUGGACGGAGUGGAGCUUUACACAUAUAUUUAUAAUCUAGUUUUAAAAAACAGCUCUGUGUUUGCCUAUUGAAAGGUCAUGCUAGCAACGCCAUGGCAAUGGAACCUGAUGUGCAGAUCAUGCGGAUCUAGGGCUCUUUUUUUUUUUUUUUUUUUUUUUUUUUUUUGAAUUGUAUGAUGUUGGGAAUGAAGCAAAAUCAAUAAAAGUUCGUCAACUUCGCAGAGGAUGACAUGUCCAUCUCGAUUUAUUUUGUAGCAUUUUGGUAUAUGCGUAGCGAUGCUACAAUAAGUCGCUAGGGUUUUACAGCAGCCAAAGGUUUGCGCACAUUUUAGGAAAGCUUGACAUGGUGGUUUGCCAUGUUUGUUUUUGUGAAGUGAGAGCAAGCACCAAUUGCCUUGUGAGUCAAGUGUUGCGUUCUGGGUGCGCACAUUUUAGGAAAGCUUGACAUGCUUCCUUAAUUUGUAAGGACACUUGGGAGUGGUCUUGUUUGUAUAAGGUGUUUUUGUGAAGCUCGCUCGACUUGGGUGAGUGUUGUUGGCAUUGUGCAAGUCGAUGCUCCAUGAUUCAAGGUGAAGGAAAGGGUUUGGGCAUCUACGCCAUGAACUUUCGGUUUGCAUCAGCGCAAUUCCAUGCUGCUGAGUGUACUAACCGAAUGUGAUUCAGCGGACAGUUGAGCUGCUUCCAGGAGGGGGUUUGCCAUGGAUGCCACAAGUAGGGUACCGGGGCGGCCACUUAACUGGCUUCCCUCUGGACUGACUGCUUUUAUGCUGUCGCUUGAAAAAACAGACUCUCUUUCUGUGCAGCUCAAGGCGUUCAGCGUAACUCAGGCGGUGAAGGCGCUCCUUUCGUCGAAGUCCCAGAAGGAUCUGUGGGGUGUUCCAACUUCUUCCUCGGAAUUCAACAGAAGUGCUUCCCUGGAUGCUCUGCGAGAGCUUGCGAAACCUUUGGGAGGAGCCAUUGCCGUAGCUGGACUGUAUGGCGGUGUAUCCAUGCAUCUGGCAGGAUUCCACACAGCCUCCAUUUCGUGCCAAUGUGAGAGCGAGGAGUUUUGUGAAUGCAAUCACAGCUAUGGCUUGUGUGUGUGCGGUGAUCCCGAUUGCUUGGUUUGUGAACGUUGCGCUUCGGAGGAAGACUUCGAGCCGCGCGAGUGUGAGGAGAAUUACGGCCCAGAGUUGCAGCACCAUUGGGGUUUCCCGUUUACAGGGUCUGUCUUGCUGAAUAGCCCUAAUGCACGUUCUCCAAAAUACAGUUCUGAUGCAUAUUUUCAAGGAAGAAGGGACACCAGGUCACAGAGAUUUGCAAAUAUGAAUCGGCCAAAUGUGCAGAAUUUCGGUUGGGCAAAUCCUUUAGAGAGGCGAGCUGCUUUCGGGGGUAAAGAUUCAGCACAGGGCACAAGCGGCAGCUCUUGGGGGGCUGUUCAGGAAAGUAUGACUGAGGAUGAUGGACAGGAUCUCAAAGGAGUCUCUGAGAAGUUACCUUCAACGUGGGCCAUCAACGUUGUUCGCAAAAGAAAAGGUGCCCAGAAUGACCUUGUGGGCAGCAAUACUGAGCACCGAGAGAAAGAGGAAGAUCGGCAGAGCUCGGAAAACGCUGAAGCAUCACUUCGAAGGGUCGACCAGGGAAGCGAAGAAACCGAAACCGCCGCAGAAUUGCAGGAACGUCGUUCAACGCCCAGUUCGGUGAGUGAAGCUGUUGCCGCUGUCAAACCAAGCCAAAACAAGGUGACUGCGCUUAAGAGUCCGAAAUGGUGGCCUUUUGGACUGCAAUCUGCAGCUUCAGCAGUGGACAACGAGCCUGCGCAAACGGAAGCAUCUUCCACUGUGGUGAAUCUCGAGACGACGAAAUGGAACUUUCGAAUGGGACAGAACGCAGGCGCAGGAGCGUUGGCAGGCGGGGUUGUGAGCCUUUGCUUGCAUCCUAUUGAUACUGUGAAGACCAUCAUACAAGCGCAGACUGGCAGCAAUCGCAACCUCCUUCCCAUUCUCUCCUCUGUUAUCUCAACAAGAGGUUUGAAAGGUUUGUACAGGGGUCUAGGAAGCAAUUUAGCUUCAUCAGCUCCAAUCUCAGCUAUCUACACGCUUACUUAUGAAGCUGUCAAAGCUGGCUUGCUUCGUCACAUUCCAGAGGACAUGUCCGCACUGGCGCAUUGCGCUGCAGGUGGAUGUGCAAGUGUUGCCACCUCAAUUGUUUAUACACCUAGUGAAUGCGUGAAGCAGCAAAUGCAAGUGAACGGAUUGUAUCGAAAUAGCUGGCAAGCAUUCACGUCAAUACUUAAGCAAGGUGGACUACCUCUGCUGUACAAGGGUUGGGGAGCGGUACUUUUUCGAAAUGUACCACAAUCUGUAAUUAAGUUCUAUACAUACGAGGGUCUGAAGCACUGGGUUCAAGGUGGUCCACGGCGUGACACUCCUUUGACCACACUACAAGCGCUUGCCAUCGGCGGUGCUGCUGGAUCGACCGCUGCGUUUUUCACUACUCCAUUCGAUGUUGUGAAAACUCGGCUUCAGACGCAGAUACCUGGGUCAGUUCAGCAAUACUCUGGAGUGGUUCACGCUUUUCAGUGCAUUGCCACAACAGAAGGCAUUGCUGGAUUAUAUCGGGGACUGGUACCUCGUUUAGUGAUAUAUGUCACUCAGGGAGCUCUUUUUUUCGCGUCGUAUGAAUUUAUCAAACACAUUUUGACAUUGGAAGCUCCAAAACUUCGUAUGAAGUCACGUCAGAUUGGAGGCUAUGAACGACAGGCCGCAUCUACCCCUGCGGAGUUCACUUGAAGUUUGGUAUCUAUUCCUUGUGAAUGCAGAAAUUGUUGGGUUGAUAUGUGCAACUAUGCCAUAUUGACUAUUAAUGCAAGAGCUAGAGAUCCUUGAGAACGGCAAGAUCGCGAAGGUACUUUUCCUGUAUCCUUCUUACUCCUCGAGGCUUCAUUUGUCGAGGAUUCUGAUAAGAGACGAAUGUUAUCUUCUUCGGUUGCUCUUUACGUGGCCACAUUGCAGACAAUGAGACCCUGGGACCAUUAAUUUAUACAUAGCACACGGUAGUGUUUUUGAGCCAGAAGGCCCUCGCUUGUCUUGAUUGUAGCACACUCUCUCAUACCUGACUCCGUUCCGUUUUUUCCGUCUUUGUAUCAUCCUGCAAUGCAGACGUCAAGAUGUGUAAGCCACAACUUCUUAGGUUGAAGAUGUAAUUUCUAACAUUCUCUUUUUAUGUGAACGUCUCAAAGCCUACUGAAAAUUGCAAC